GGCGGCGCGAGCGCGGCGGGAGGGGCUUGGAGCGGGUCUGCUUUUCGUUUCCGUUUUCCUCCCUUCCUCAGUGUAUCCCCAAACCGGAAGGUGAAGGGGUAGAGCGACGCACAGAUCCACCCCUUCUGACCCCCCUGGUGUUUGGCUACUAGGGCGCCCAUUCCUCUUGGACCCCGCCCAUUAAAGCGGUUUCAGGAUCGAUUCAGUGACGCAGAGUGUUGGCUGCAAGCCAAAGCCCAGCCUCCCGAUGGAGUCUGAAUCCAGCCGAUCCGAAGAGGAGACCCCUUCCAUCCUGUGGGGUUUGGAUCCUGUGUUUCUAGCUUAUGCAAAACUCUACAUCAGGGAUAUCCUGGACUUGAAGGAGUCCUGCCAGGUACCAGGAGUAUUUUUUUACAAUGGGCAUCCAAUAAAACAGGUAGAGAUCUUGGGAACUGUAAUUGGAAGAAGAGAAAAAGAAGCCUUCUACAGUUAUGGAGUGUUAAGGACUGGGCGGAAGUUCGUUCACAAAGAGAAGUCCAGGUCAGAAAAGUUGGAGUGCUCUGUCUUGGCAAAUCAUAGAGCUCAUGAGAGAGCAAAUGGUGAGAGAAGGCUACCCUCUAAGUGCUUCCCACCACGGACCAUACGUCAGCGCUGCCCUGUUUCAGUGGAUGACAGCACUGGGGUUAUAAACUGCAUCUGCUGGAAAAAGUGGAACAAUAUUGAGUCCUCGUCAGCAACAACAGGUGGUCCAACUAUAGGGGAGCUGAACGUAACCUCACAGCUUAAGAAGCUGCAAGAGACCAUUGAGCAGAGAACAAAGAUAGAAAUUGGGGACAUUAUCCAGAUCAGAGGUUAUAUCCACACAUACAGAGAAGAACGAGAAAUUCGUGUCACUACUUACUAUAAAGUGGAUGACCCAGUAUGCAACAUUCAAAUUGCAAGGAUGCUUGAGCUGCCUAGUAUCUACAGGAAAGUUUAUGACCAGCCUUUCCAGAGCCCAGCCCUAGAGCAAGAAAGCGGCAAUCCUGGUGCCCUGGACCUUGCCGGUCUCACAUGUUUGCUGAGUGAAAAAGCUAAAGAAUUCCUCGUGGAGAACAAAGUGCAAACCUUUUACCAGCAGGAAUUGGAAAUUGUGGAAUCUCUGCUGUCCCUGGCCAGUCAGCCUGUGACUCCCAGCUCCAGCUCUGAGCAGGUGGAUGCUAAGAAUGAAACCACUUCCAAGGCAAUUCAUAGCAUAUUUAAGAGUGCUAUACAGCUGCUGCAGGAAAAAGGAUUUGUUUUCCAGAAAGAUGAUGGUUUUGAUAACCUAUACUACGUGACCAGAGAAGACAAAGAACUGCACAGAAGGAUACACCAUAUCAUUCAAGAAGACUGUCAGAAACCAAAUCACAUAGAGAAGGGCUGCCACUUCCAGCACAUCUUGGCCUGUGCUCGCCUGAGCAUCAGCCCGGGCCUCAGUGAAACUGUGCUGCAGCAGGUGCUGGAGCUCCUGGAGGACCAGAGUGACAUCAUCAGCACCAUGGAGCACUACUACACAGCGUUCUGAGGAGCUGCCAGCAGAUGAUGGGGCAGAGCAGGGCCGAGGAGGAGGAAGAUCAGGCGGCCGUCACUCCCAGGCUCUGAUUUUAAACAUCACACAGAGCCUUACAGGUCUGGUGGCAGUUAUCUCAUAAGAAACUAUGAAAUAUGGUUAUUUAAGGAAUGCAAUUUGGCAUAAAUUCCAUGGGCUGCCCUCUAGCUGCUGUAUGCUUGGAAUCAAGUCACAUUGCUCUCAGCCAUGACCCAGAAGGGAACCCUUCCAGUUGACCUCCUGACUGGACCCGGCAUUGCUCUUGGAGCAGGAGAGGAAACAGUGUUGGUGGCUGAAUCAGGGUGCAUGUGGCUCGACGUCCUAGCAGGGUAAAGGGAUGUCACGUGGUAAAGUGAACUGAAGAGCCUAUAGCCAGAGCACACAGACCAGCUACAUUCCUGUAGGCCUCUCUCGGUGGUUAAGAAGGUAAUGUAGGGGACUCAUUCUUGGAUGAAUAUCACUUACCUAUGAUUUCCAAGGGUCAGGUUCCAGUGGGGGACCCUGAGUCCUGAAAUGAAUGCUGUUUACAGACCCACCCAGAGAAGGGAAUAAAUGGAUCUAAGGCA